AUGGCGUACGUAAGCAGCCAAGAAGAGGUUGCCGAUAUGCAACAACCUUCAACCAGUAUUCCGAAAACGGUUUGUCCGGUGUGUGACAAAUGGUUUCCGAAGGUGCUGAUCGAGGAACACGUAGAUGAGUGUCUCAACCGGAGUGAACUCACCGAAGAGCAACAAGAGACAACAUCCAGCUGCGUUAGUGAAGCCAGUGGCUCCAAAACACCUACCACGGAAAGCCGCUCACGGCAACCUGUUGACGGGAGAGCGAAACGUAACUUUAGCAUCUUUGAUCGCAGUCCAAAGCCGGCCAAACGGUCACGCGAAGACGAUGCAGCACCACUAACAGUAUUGAGCUCGGUAAUAGAUAUAAAUUCCGACGUCGAGGACGAGCAACCAACAAAUGAGCAGAACACGAAGAAAUCGAAAAACGAUUCCACCGCACAGGUGAACGUGGCCAAAAAACCGUUACCACCUCUCGCCGAACUGAUGCGUCCAACGGAAAUCGAAAAUUACGUCGGACAGGAUCAAAUCGUUGGCCAAAACACAAUGCUCCGGAAACUGCUCGACAGUGGCACCAUUCCAAGCCUGAUCCUGUGGGGUCCGCCCGGCUGUGGCAAAACAACGCUGGCGAACAUUAUUGCCAGCCGAUGCAAGCGUGAAACGGCCACGUUAAAGUUUGUGAAGCUUUCUGCCACGAUGGCAGGCGUGGCAGAGGUGAAGGAGGUGGUAAAGACAGCUAAGAACGAUCUCAAAUACAACCGACGCACAUUGCUGUUUAUGGACGAAAUACAUCGGUUUAAUAAGCUGCAGCAGGACAUUUUUUUGCCGCACGUAGAGGCCGGCACGAUAACGCUGAUCGGUGCGACGACGGAAAAUCCAUCGUUCAGUUUGAAUUCCGCUCUGCUUAGCCGGUGCCGGGUGAUUGUGCUGGUGAAGCAUACGGUGGAGAGUAUGAUGCAGAUACUGACCCGUGCACUGCCCGAGUACGAAACGGUCAUGAUACCGGAAUGCGUCAACAAUAACGUGGACAAGGUGCCCGACUUUAGCAAGCUGCCAUUCAUUCCACGGACGAUAAUCCACGAGGACACUGUACGCUGGCUUGCGGAAACCUGUGACGGAGAUGCACGUAUCGGGCUGAACGGUUUGCAGCUCGCUCUGUCCAGUGUUGUAGGUGAUGUCCAAUCGAACGGAGGCAGCAGCAGUCCCUACGACCCACCAAAAACCGUCACCCUUCAGGAUGUUCGCGAGGGCAUUAAGAAAUCGCACCUUCUGUACGAUCGUAAAGGGGACCAGCACUACGACAUCAUAUCCGCUCUGCACAAAUCCAUCCGCGCGUCGGACGAUAAUGCCGCCCUCUACUGGGCAACGCGUAUGAUUGCGUCCGGCGAAGAUCCACGCUACAUCUGCCGCCGGAUGAUACGCAUGGCAAGCGAAGACAUCGGUUUGGCGGACACGAAUGCGCUGCAGGUCGCGACCGCAACACUGGCUGCCGUCCAGUCGGUCGGUUUGCCGGAAGCGGACUGUAUCAUUGCGCACUGUGCCGUCUAUCUGGCCCGGGCACCGAAAAGCCGCGCACUCUACGAUGCCUACCGCCGUUGCCGCGCUUCGAUCGAUGGGUGGAAGAAGGGACCGAUGCCGGGGGUGCCGCUACAUCUGCGCAAUGCCCCAACAAAAUUGAUGAAAGAUCUGCAUUACGGGGCGGGCUACAAUAUGCUGCACAAGGAUCAGUCCGGAUUAAGCUACAUGCCGGAAGGGUUGGAAGAUGAGAGUUACUUUUCGGAAUAG